AUGUUGCCACAGUCAAUCAUCAAGAUGCUGGCUGCUGGACACCCUCUGGGUCCUUCAGCUACUCAGUCUGAGUCCAAGCCAGCUCCCAAAAGACCCACACCGUUCGCCGCGUGGAGCGCCAUAGAUGACGCCAAAAACAAAGCCGACGCAAUCGCUCACGAAGCAGGUCGCGAAUACAACCUGGCGAGCAAGAAGGCUCAAGAAAAGGCUGGCAAAAUCGAACCUGGUUCACUCAAGUACUACGCAACAUGCAGCUUUGGUGGUUUGCUCGCCUGUGGUCUGACCCACACGGCCGUGACACCUCUUGAUCUGAUCAAAUGCCGUCGCCAAGUAGAUCCCAAGCUCUAUCAGAGCAAUAUCCAGGCUUACCGGACCAUCCGUGCUGCUGAGGGGAUCCGGGGUGUGUUUACUGGCUGGAGUCCUACUUUCUUCGGAUACAGUGCCCAAGGUGCCUUCAAGUACGGCGGCUACGAGUUCUUCAAGUCUUUCUACAGUGACCUCGUUGGCCAUGAGAAUGCCAAGAAGUGGAAGACCUCCCUCUACCUAACGGCCAGUGCUUCGGCCGAGGUCAUCGCUGAUUUAGCUCUUUGUCCCUUUGAGUCUGUCAAAGUGCGCACGCAGACUACCAUUCCUCCUGAUAUUCGGGGCACAUUCAGUGGUAUUUCCGAUGUUGUUUCUAAGGAGGGUGUGGCCGGGCUUUACAAAGGCCUCUACCCUCUCUGGGGCCGUCAGGUCCCAUACACCAUGAUGAAGUUUGCCUCUUUCGAAACCAUCGUCGAGAUGAUCUAUCACCAACUGCCCGGCCAAAAGUCCGACUACAACAAGGGAGCUCAGACUGCCGUUGCCUUCAGCGCUGGAUACCUGGCUGGUAUCCUCUGUGCUGUGGUGUCGCACCCAGCCGAUGUGAUGGUCAGCAAGUUGAACGCGAAUCGCCAGUCUGGUGAGGCUUUCGGAGCUGCUAUGAGCCGUAUCUACGGAGAUAUCGGAUUCCGUGGAUUGUGGAAUGGCUUGCCCGUUCGAAUUGUAAUGAUUGGCACUUUGACUGGUCUGCAAUGGAUGAUCUAUGACUCCUUCAAGAUCUUCAUGGGUCUCCCUACCACCGGCGGCUUGAGCGAGGACAAGAAGGGUAAGUAA